AUGACGAUCACUUUGGACGAUGUGCAUAAUCUCCUACACAUUCCUAUUCACGGCUGCAUGCUGGACCACGAUGAGGCAAUGGGUCAGGAGCGUGUGAUUGAUUUGAUGACCAUGUUGUUGGGCAUGUUAGAUGUUGAUGCUAGGGCUGAGAUUAGGACUGAGUCUGCUGUUCAUAUCAGUUAUACCACACUGAAGCGGGUUGAUAAACUUUUAGCAAGUGUUCAUACGAUUGAGAAGUGGUCAUGGGGAGGGAUGACCUUAGUGUACCUGUACGACUAUCUCGAUGAUUCUGUUAUUCUGAAUAACAGAACGAUGGCUGGGAGUACGACUCUUUUUAUGGGAUGGAUUUUGGAGCAUUUAUCAGGUCCGUACCCAAGGAAGACAAACAAGAGCUGGAAGCCGGAGAGACCAUAUGCUUGGAGAUGGCUUACUAGUAGAGGGCAUACUGAUGUGCACCAUUACCGCUUACUGCUUGAUCGUUUAGAGGUGGAUGACGUCAGGUUUUCUACUUAUGGUGAUCACAGAGAGAUACAUCCUUUUCAGCUUAUUGUCACUUACUCGGAAUGGCUGAUGUGCGGGAAGGAGAGGGUGUACCGUCAUUUACCUGAGUGGGUAAAGAGGCAUCUUUUCUAUGUACAUGAUGUUCCCAGACAUCCGUCAUCUGUCGCUCAGAUGCCUACGCAUUCGCUGACCACCGUGCUGCAAAACGCUCAGGCGUGGUUCUUCACUGCUUGGGGAGAUGCGUGUGAGAGACCAUGUCAUCAUGCGCCUGGCUACAUGGCUUGGUAUGCCAAAGUCUCUCACCCUCGUAUUCUCCCACCUGAUGAAGGAUCUCCUCCCAGGCCGGCGAACAUGGAGCAGAUCAUAGAGGACGAGCAUGCCAGAGAUAUGCCUGACACACUGAUGAUCAUCCGAGAUGUGGUGCAUAUAGUUGACGAUAUUGUGGACAGACAAGCCGAGAUGACUAAAGAAGAGAUUGUCCAGGAGGUGAUGCGGAUAGCCGAUACUAGUCGCCCUGCCCUUACGUAUCAGAUUGCCAGGCGGCGCAGGGAGCCGAGGCAUGCUAGGCAGCAGGGUUGA